UGGCAGUGAAGUUCUUAGAACAGUACUGCUCUUGAGGUGGUGAUAAUGGAGGGCUGCCACCACCAGUCUUCCAGGCUGUUGAUGAUGGGGAUAUUGUUUCUGGCUGUGAUUUUUCCGUCAUCUUCCUCGCCGACGACACGUCGGUUUCAAUUUAAUGUUCAAUGGAAGAAGGUAACCCGUCUGUGCCAUACAAAGCCACUUCUUACAGUAAAUGGGAAGUAUCCAGGGCCAACCAUUGCUGUUCAUGAAGGUGACAAUGUUGAAGUUAAGGUUACUAACCUUAUUGCCACCAACACCACCAUUCAUUGGCAUGGAAUAAGGCAACUGAGGACAGGUUGGGCCGAUGGUCCUGCUUACGUUACACAAUGCCCCAUCAGAGGAGGGCAGUCGUACACAUACAAGUUCAGUGUGGUGGAUCAUAGGGGCACACUCCUGUGGCAUGCUCAUUACUCGUGGCAGCGGGUGUCCGUCUAUGGCGCCAUCAUCAUCUAUCCCCGCAUGCCAUAUCCAUUCAAAGCUCCUAUUCAAGAUGAAGUCCCCAUUAUAUUUGGUGAAUGGUGGAAUGACGAUACGGAAGAAGUGGAAAGGGAGAUGAUGAGGACUGGAGAUGGGCCCAAGAUCUCAGAAGCUUACACCAUUAAUGGCAUGCCUGGACCCCUCUAUCCCUGCUCUAACAAAGAUACUUUCAUCCAGAAUGUGGUUCCUGGCAAAACCUACUUGCUUCGUAUCAUCAAUGCAGCACUCAACGCUGAGCUUUUCUUCGCCAUUGCUAAUCACACAUUGACUGUCGUAGAGAUUGAUGGGUUGUACACAAAACCCUUUACAACCACAGCCAUUAUGAUCGCUCCUGGACAAACCACCAAUGUUCUGCUCACAGCGGAUCAAGUUCCCGACUCUUCUGCCAUGUUUCCCAUGGCUGCAAACAAUUAUGUCACCUCCAUUUUUCCAUUCGAUAAUUCAACCACAAUGGGCUUCUUACUCUACAAAACUAUCACAACCCCAAGAGCUAAACCCCUAAACAGACCAGCUGUAUACAGUCUCUCAUCACUUUACAAUCUUCCUCAAAUGAAAGAUACAGCUUUUGCCACUGCAUUUUCCAGCAAGCUCCGAAGCCUUGCUUCUGCUCAGUACCCAUGUAACGUGCCCAAGACUAUUGAUAAGCGAAUAGUGACCACCAUAAGCCUAAACCUUCAAGACUGUCCAGCCAAUCAGACCUGCAAGGGCUACAACGGAAAGAGGUUCUUCGCUUCAAUGAACAACCAGUCCUUUAUUCGUCCUUUCGAAUCCAUACUAGAAGGCCACUACAAAAACCUAACACACCACUUGUUCUCAUCCGAUUUUCCCGAGAAACCACCAACCACUUUUGACUACACGGGCGUCAAUCCGUUCACUUCAAACAUGAACACCCAGUUUGGCACCAAGCUUUUGGUGGUUCCCUAUGGCAGCAGCUUGGAAAUUGUUAUGCAGGGAACGAGUUUUCUCAGUGUGGAGAACCAUCCUAUCCAUUUCCACGGCCACAACUUCUUCAUAGUCGGGAGGGGGUUCGGAAACUUUGAUGUUAAUAAGGAUCCACAGAACUACAACCUUGUUGAUCCUCCGGAGAGGAACACGGUGGCGGUUCCAACCGGAGGGUGGGCUGCAAUCCGGUUCAAGGCUGAUAACCCAGGAGUAUGGUUCAUACAUUGCCAUCUUGAAGAACACACUUCAUGGGGUCUAGCUAUGGGACUGGUAGUUCAAAAUGGCCCCAAUCCAUCUCAGUGCUUGCUGCCUCCUCCUGCAGAUCUUCCGUCAUGUUAGAUCCUCAACAGCUACUUAGUUGUGUGAGCUAUUUCCAAUUGACACCUUAAUCACUAGGUUAAUUAGACAGUUUAGUAGAGAAGUGUUAGAAAUUUUCUAUGUAUGUCCAUGUUUUUGGUUUUUUAAUUAGGUGGCAAACUUCAUUAAUUGGUCUUGUAUCAUAAGAUUGAGACGUUGGUGAUUUGCUUAAGAUUUAAAUUUAUUAAUUUGGGAUGUCUUUGGAACA